AUGCCCCACGCAACGCUGCCCUCGCCGGGCUUCCAGGCCCUCAUCCUCUGCGGGCCCGGCGCGUCCUUUAGCACCUUCACCUCGACCCCCAGCGACAUGCCCAAGGCCCUGCUGCCCAUCGCCAACCGGCCCAUGCUCUGGUACCCGCUGGAAUGGUGCUACCGCAUGGGCGUGACCGACAUCACCGUCGUCACCCCGCCAGAGUCGCUCGGCGCCAUCGAGGCCGCCAUGUCGCAGAACCCCCACCUCACCUCCCUCCCCGCCCCGCGCCCAGAGCUGCUCGCCCCCAAGCACCUCACCCACGAGACCGGCACCGGCGACCUCUUCCGCCUGCCCGAGCUCCAGGCCGCCAUCAAGGGCGACUUCAUCGUCCUGCCCUGCGACCUGGUCUGCGAGCUCGACGGCACCGCCCUGGCCGACGCCUGGAUGGUCGAGCAGGCCGGUUUCCCCGGCGCCGUCGCCGGCGAGCAGGACAUGGGCCGCAAGACCGCCCUGGCCGCCGGCGGCGAGCGUCUCGGUCGCAGAGGCGGCCUCGGCGUCUGGUACCAGACAAAGGGCGAGGGCAGCAUUAAGGGCGAGGAGACCGACUUCAUCGCCACCACGCCCCUGCCCACCCCCAUCGUGCCCCCGCCCGCCGCCUCCCUCCGCCGCCACAUGGCCAACCUCGUCUACUCGGUCCCCACCGAUACCCUCAACGACAUCACCCAAGAGCAGAAGACCUUGCCCGUCCGCCACUCGCUCAUCCGCAAGCACGCCCGCGUGCGCAUGCUCACCACCCACCGCGACGCCCACAUCUACUUCUUCCCCUACUGGGUCGCCGAGAUGAUCCGCAACAACGACGGCUUCGAGAACAUCAGCGAGGAAGUCUUGGGCUGGUGGGCCAAGGCCGGCUGGCAGGACGGGCUCGGCGACAAGCUGGGCCUGCGCGACAUCUUCCAGCGCUCCGACGACGCCAGCUCCGACGGCUCUCAGGUCGUCGACGAGGACAUCGACGUCUCCCGAUACAGCACCACCUACUCGCCCGCCGCCGCCGCCACAAACGGCGCAGGAGCACCCUCCAUCCUCGCCUCGCGCGUCCUGGGCUCCUCCAGCAUACCCGACAGCGCAAAGUCCCUCACGCCACGACCAAAGCUCACCGUCCCGCCCAUCCUCGCCUACGUCCAGCCCUCCGCACCCACAAAUCCACUGAUUCGUCGUGUCGACACCGCACACCUCCUCCUCACCGUCUCGCUGCGCCUCGCCAAGCUGCCAGAGGACAGCGCCUCGCCUUUCGCCUUUGCCAACAAGAUCGCGCCGUCCACCGCGCACUCGAUACCCAAGAAGUGCAGAGUCGAAGCCGAGAACAGCCUGCUCGCCGACAACGUCGACGUGGCCGAGAAGACCAACAUCAAGGAGACCGUCAUUGGGUCCAACUGCAGGAUUGGCGAGGGUGCCCGGCUGCUGAGGUGUCUGCUGAUGGACGGUGUGGAAAUCGGCGCCAACGUGCAGCUCACAGACUGCAUCCUGGGGCGGCGCUGCAAGAUCGAGGGCGGAGCCGCAAAAGACAACGACAAGACGGUGCUCAAGGAUUGCGAGGUGCAAGACGGCCAGGUGGUCGAGUGGGGCACAGAGAGCAAGAACGAAAAGUUUAUGCGGUUCAGCGUCGGCAUGGGCGAGGAAGGCGACUUUGGCGACGACGGCGAAAUGGACGAUGCUGGCGACGCCCUGGAGCUGUAG